GGAGACUGUGACUGUGCAGUAUCGACAUGUUUGGAUUUAUCAAGAAGUCUGGACAGUCAUUUGGUUCAUAGGAAAGUGUCCCGUUCAUAUCUGACCCGUGGUGUUUGAUAAGUGGCAGAACUAUGGACCAUCCUCUGGUGUUGGUUCUCAUCCUAGUGCUGCUCAACUUCAAUACAGAUGUCUCUGGCCAGGUGGUGGUUCCCUCGAUGAACCCCUUGGCUGUGGGCAGUAAUGUCACACUGAACCUAGUUCCCGAAAGCCCCAUCAACAUAGGGACCUGGUCAUAUGAAACUACAACCAUUGUACUUUUCUAUCCUGGUGGCAGUAUUGUGAGUACAAGUUAUCAAGGCAGAGUCUCAUUCAACCGCUCCUCCGCAGAGCUGUCCAUAAGCUCUCUCCAACUCAACGACUCAGGUUUGUAUACCGUGCAGGGAAUGGAGCCAGUCCUGACCGCUGUGGUGACCUUGUCUGUCCAGGAGCCCAUUUCAAACGUGACUCUAAGAGCCAACGCCACUGAUCUAGUGGAAUUAAACGACACUGCCAUUUUCACCUGCUCUGUCUCCUCUGGCACCUCCCUCUCCUACCGCUGGAUGAAUGGCAGCUCAGAGGUUGCAGCCAGUGACCGAGUUCGGCUUGGUGUUGGGAACAGCACUCUCUCCAUAGUCAGUGUGACACGAUACGAUGAAGGGCCGUUCAGAUGUGAGGUCAUCAAUGGAAUCAGCAAUGGCACCAGCCAGCCCAUUGGCCUCAAUGUUAGAUAUGGCCCAAGUAACCUCACCAUGAUGGUAGUUCCUGAGAUGACCAUAGGACAUACAGCCUACAAGACGGGCUCUGACAUCACUCUGUCCUGCUCCGCUCAGUCCAAACCCGCUGUGUCCUACAAGUGGAGGUUUAAUGGGGUGUUCCUCAACGAGCAAAGUCCACAGCUGAGCCUGCAGAACACCAGGGAGAACCAGACAGGGAGUUACACCUGCUUAGCCCACAACAAUGUCACACUCCGAUACGCCACCAUGACCACAAUGAUAAAGAUCGUGGAGCCGAUAUCAGCGGUUUCGUUGAACCGUGAUGGGAAGCCACCAAUACUGGAUCAGUCGUUCACUCUGCGGUGUGAGGUGACUGGACCUGUAGACUACAUUCACUGGUUGAUUAACGGCCAGGUCAUCUCCCUAAACAACAGAACAUUCUGCUCUACGGACAACAAGACAAUGGUUAUCAACCCAAUCCAGUUUUCUGACAGUGGAGAAUAUAUCUGUGAGGCCUUUAAUGCUGUCAGUAACAAGACCAGCAUGACAUACACGCUUGUGGUGAACUAUGGACCAGAGAUGCCUGUUAUAACAGGACCAGCAUUAGGAGAAACAGGACACAACCUGACUUUCAACUGCUCUGCCUCCUCUCAGCCUCCCAGCCAGUUCAGCUGGUUCUUCAAUGGCUCCCAGGUGGUGACUGGCUCAGUGUAUGAGACUGGCCCACUGACCUUAGCCAGUCAUGGGGGGUACACCUGUAUGGCCUUCAACAACAUCACUGGCAGAAACAGCACUGUCUCCAAGAUGCUCAUUGUCAUUGAACCUGUAACCAUGGCCAUGGUGAAAGUCAUGGGUGCCCAACCAAUAGCAGACAACAUGUUUACUCUGACGUGUGAGACCACUGGAACCAUUUACUCCAUUCACUGGAUGAAGAACAGCUGGCCUCUGUAUGCUGAUAACAGAACAGACUUCUCUAUGAACAACAAUACACUGACAUUCAACUCUGUCCAGGAUUCUGACAUCGGAGACUAUCAAUGUUCUGCUUCCAACCCCCUCAGCAACAUGACCAGCUCAAACUACAGACUGAUCGUCAACUAUGGACCAGAGAUGCCUGUUAUAACAGGACCAGCAUUAGGAGAAACAGGACACAACCUGACCUUCAACUGCUCUGCCUCUUCUCAACCUCCCAGCCAGUUCAGCUGGUUCUUCAAUGGCUCCCAGGUGGUGACUGGCUCAGUGUAUGAGACUGGCCCACUGACCUUAGCCAGUCAUGGGGAGUACACCUGUAUGGCCUUCAACAACGUCACUGGCAGAAACAGCACUGUCUCCAAGAUGCUCAUUGUCAUUGAACCUGUAACCAUGGCCAUGGUGAAAGUCAUGGGUGCCCAACCAAUAGCAGACAACAUGUUUACUCUGACGUGUGAGACCACUGGAACCAUUUACUCCAUUCACUGGAUGAAGAACAGCUGGCCUCUGUAUGCUGAUAACAGAACAGACUUCUCUAUGAACAACAAUACACUGACAUUCAACUCUGUCCAGGAUUCUGACAUCGGAGACUAUCAAUGUUCUGCUUCCAACCCCCUCAGCAACAUGACCAGCUCAAACUACAGACUGAUCGUCAACUAUGGACCAGAGAUGCCUGUUAUAACAGGACCAGCAUUAGGAGAAACAGGACACAACCUGACCUUCAACUGCUCUGCCUCUUCUCAACCUCCCAGCCAGUUCAGCUGGUUCUUCAAUGGCUCCCAGGUGGUGACUGGCUCAGUGUAUGAGACUGGCCCACUGACCUUAGCCAGUCAUGGGGAGUACACCUGUAUGGCCUUCAACAACGUCACUGGCAGAAACAGCACUGUCUCCAAGAUGCUCAUUGUCAUUGAACCUGUAACCAUGGCCAUGGUGAAAGUCAUGGGUGCCCAACCAAUAGCAGACAACAUGUUUACUCUGACGUGUGAGACCACUGGAACCAUUUACUCCAUUCACUGGAUGAAGAACAGCUGGCCUCUGUAUGCUGAUAACAGAACAGACUUCUCUAUAAACAACAAUACACUUACCUUCAACUCUGUCCAGCAUUCUGACAACGGAGACUAUCAGUGUUCUGCCUACAACCCCCUCAGCAACAUGACCAGCACAGAAUACAGACUGAUCGUCAACUAUGGUCCAGAGAGACCUGUUAUCAUGAGUUCGGACAUAGCGAUGACAGGACACAUCGUGACCUUCAACUGCUCUGCCUCCUCUCAGCCUCCCAGCCAGUUCAGCUGGUUCUUCAAUGGCUCCUCGGUGGAGACUGGCUCAGUGUAUGAGACUGACCCACUGACCUUAGCCAGUCAUGGGGAGUACACCUGUGUGGCCUUCAACAACAUCACUGACAGAAACAGCACUGCCUCCAAGAUGCUCACCAUCAUUGCACCUGUGACCAUGACCAUGGUGAAAGUCAUUGGAGCCCAGCCAAUACUGAACGAGAGAUUCUCUCUGACCUGUGAGACCGCUGGAACGGUUUACUCCAUUCAGUGGAUGAGGAACGGCUGGCCUCUGUAUGCUGACAACAGAACAGACUUCUCUAUGAACAACAAUACACUGACCUUCAACUCUGUCCAGGAUUCUGACAUCGGAGACUAUCAAUGUUCUGCUUCCAACCCCCUCAGCAACAUGACCAGCUCAAACUACAGACUGAUCGUCAACUAUGGACCAGAGAUGCCUGUUAUAACAGGACCAGCAUUAGGAGAAACAGGACACAACCUGACUUUCAACUGCUCUGCCUCCUCUCAGCCUCCCAGCCAGUUCAUCUGGUUCUUCAAUGGCUCCCAGGUGGUGACUGGCUCAGUGUAUGAGACUGGCCCACUGACCUUAGCCAGUCAUGGGGAGUACACCUGUAUGGCCUUCAACAACGUCACUGGCAGAAACAGCACUGUCUCCAAGAUGCUCAUUGUCAUUGAACCUGUAACCAUGGCCAUGGUGAAAGUCAUGGGUGCCCAACCAAUAGCAGACAACAUGUUUACUCUGACGUGUGAGACCACUGGAACCAUUUACUCCAUUCACUGGAUGAAGAACGGCUGGCCUCUGUAUGCUGAUAACAGAACAGACUUCUCUAUGAACAACAAUACACUGACAUUCAACUCUGUCCAGGAUUCUGACAACGGAGACUAUCAAUGUUCUGCUUCCAACCCCCUCAGCAACAUGACCAGCUCAAACUACAGACUGAUCGUCAACUAUGGACCAGAGGUGCCUGUUAUAACAGGACCAGCAUUAGGAGAAACAGGACACAACCUGACCUUCAACUGCUCUGCCUCCUCUCAGCCUCCCAGCCAGUUCAGCUGGUUCUUCAAUGGCUCCCUGGUGGUGACUGGCUCAAUAUAUGAGACUGGCCCACUGACCUUAGCCAGUCAUGGGGAGUACACCUGUAUGGCCUUCAACAACGUCACUGGCAGAAACAGAACUGUCUCCAAGAUUCUCACUGUUGUUGAACCAGUCACCAUGACCAUGGUGAAAGCCAUGGGAUCCCAGCCAAUACUGAACCAGACAUUCUCUCUGACCUGUGAGACCACUGGAACCAUUUACUCCAUUCAGUGGAUGAGGAACAGCUGGCCUCUGUAUGCUGACAACAGAACAGACUUCUCUAUUGACAAUAAUACACUGACCUUCAACUCUGUCCAGCAUUCUGACAACGGAGACUAUCAGUGUUCUGCCUACAACCCCCUCAGCAACAUGACCAGCACAGAAUACAGACUGAUCGUCAACUAUGGUCCAGAGAGACCUGUUAUCAUGAGUCCGGAUAUAGCAAUGACAGGAUACAUCGUGACCUUCAACUGCACUGCCUCCUCUCAGCCUCCCAGCCAGUUUAGCUGGUUCUUCAAUGGCUCCCAGGUGGCGGCUGGCUCAGUGUAUAAGACUGGCCCACUGACCUUAGCCAGUCAUGGGGAGUACACCUGUGUGGCCUUCAACAACGUCACUGGCAGAAACAGAACUGUCUCCAAGAUUCUCACUGUUGUUGAACCAGUCAUCAUGACCAUGGUGAAAGCCAUGGGAUCCCAGCCAAUACUGAACCAGACAUUCUCUCUGACCUGUGAGACCACUGGAACCAUUUACUCCAUUCAGUGGAUGAGGAACAGCUGGCCUCUGUAUGCUGACAACAGAACAGACUUCUCUAUUGACAAUAAUACACUGACCUUCAACUCUGUCCAGCAUUCUGACAACGGAGACUAUCAGUGUUCUGCCUACAACCCCCUCAGCAACAUGACCAGCACAGAAUACAGACUGAUCGUCAACUAUGGUCCAGAGAGACCUGUUAUCAUGAGUCCGGAUAUAGCAAUGACAGGAUACAUCGUGACCUUCAACUGCACUGCCUCCUCUCAGCCUCCCAGCCAGUUUAGCUGGUUCUUCAAUGGCUCCCAGGUGGCGGCUGGCUCAGUGUAUAAGACUGGCCCACUGACCUUAGCCAGUCAUGGGGAGUACACCUGUGUGGCCUUCAACAACGUCACUGGCAGAAACAGAACUGUCUCCAAGAUUCUCACUGUUGUUGAACCAGUCAUCAUGACCAUGGUGAAAGCCAUGGGAUCCCAGCCAAUACUGAACCAGACAUUCUCUCUGACCUGUGAGACCACUGGAACCAUUUACUCCAUUCAGUGGAUGAGGAACAGCUGGCCUCUGUAUGCUGACAACAGAACAGACUUCUCUAUUGACAAUAAUACACUGACCUUCAACUCUGUCCAGCAUUCUGACAACGGAGACUAUCAGUGUUCUGCCUACAACCCCCUCAGCAACAUGACCAGCACAGAAUACAGACUGAUCGUCAACUAUGGUCCAGAGAGACCUGUUAUCAUGAGUCCGGAUAUAGCAAUGACAGGAUACAUCGUGACCUUCAACUGCACUGCCUCCUCUCAGCCUCCCAGCCAGUUUAGCUGGUUCUUCAAUGGCUCCCAGGUGGCGGCUGGCUCAGUGUAUAAGACUGGCCCACUGACCUUAGCCAGUCAUGGGGAGUACACCUGUGUGGCCUUCAACAACCUCACUGUCAGAAACAGCACUGUCUCCAAGAUGCUCACCAUCAUUGAGGCUAUAACAUCGGUGACGGUGAAACGAAACAAAUUACCAAUAGCAUCUGACAACCUAACCCUGACCUGUGACGUCACCGGGCACUAUGACACCAUCUACUGGAUGAAGGACAACCUGUCUCUGGUCCUGAACAACACCUUGAACUCUGACAUCACCAUCUCUAACAACUCUCUGCACUUCAGUCCAGUCAAGGUGUCUAACGAUGGAAACUAUCAGUGCGUCGCCACCAACCUCUUUGGUCCAAACACCAGCCCUAAAUACCAGCUACUGGUGAACUAUGGCCCUAAGAGUGUGAAUAUCUCUGGCCCAGUCUCAGUGGUGAUUGGUUCAGUAACCACAGUUACACUGAAGUGCUCUGCAGACUCCCGGCCAAUCAGCGAGUACGGAUGGAAAUUCAACAAUCAAUCAGUGCUUGGGACUGGACCUAUGAUCGCUGUUAUUGCCUCCUUGGAGAAUGCAGGGGACUACACUUGUGUGGCCAAGAACCCUGUGACCAACAUCUCAAUGUCCAAUACCAUUAGUGUGGAUGUUACUGGCCACUCAAAUGCCCCUCCAUUCCAGGCCAGAGUUGGUCUGAUGCUAACAGCCCUGCUAGCUCUCUCUCUCUGCCUCUGAUCAAGCACUGAGAGCACCACAGUAAGCACACUGCAUGUCUGUCUGCUGGUUGGGAGCCAAUAACUCCCUUCCCUCUACCCUCACUGACUCACAUUGUUGAUCUGAAAAAGGACUGGAUAGGAAUAAGUGGUAUUGUCGAUAUUGUAAUUGCCCCAUCUUGUCACCAUAGGGCUGGGUUUAGUAUGCUCAGCUCCUUUCCAAUGCUUUUAGAUUGUGAGGAGAGAGUCAACAAGAGGUCAGAUGGGAGGGGUCUAUCCCCUUAGAAUAGAACCCACCUCUACAGUGUGUUUUUAUGUCAAUCAUCUCUAUAAAUAAAAACCAAAAUCUUGAAAACUGGUCUUCAACAUGGUCAUUGAAGGGGCAAACAUCCACUGCUCAGCUGCGCUGCCUAUUUCUGUUUCUAAUGAAAUGUUCUUAGAUAUUCACUGCCCUUAUGACUGUGACUAUUGCCCUUUCUGUGUUUGAUGUAUGUAAACUCUGUUCAAGUACAAAUUCUGGUUUAUUUAACUUAUAAAUACCUUAAAGUUCAAAUGUUUCAAACGAUAAUACAUUUAGCUGGUGUUUAUGUUUAACAUGGGUUGUUAUUCACAUUAAAUGUAUAAGCUUGUAAAUCCUCAGAGGAGAUGCAGGCUUGUGCUAUUGUCUUAUAUUUAUAUUUCCUCUUCAUUAAUUAUUGUCUUAAAUAAAGUGCUGUCUUUUCACACCUGUAUUAGUGAA